AUGUACAUUAAUGGCAAGGCAGCCACAGGAUUUGCAGCUCUAUAUGUUGCUAUAGAUAAGGUGUACCAAGGAACCAUUAUAUACAACUCAGCCCAGGCUGCAGAGAUAGUAACCAUUAUUGUAACCUUGGAGAAUGCAGAAACUUCAACGAACAUCACCAUUUGUACAGAUUCCGACAGGGCGAUGAGGGCACUACUGGACUGGAUGGUCGUAUGGAAGGAUACUGGAAAAGAGGUGAACACCUUUGGAGGAGAUCUAAUGUAUAUAGUUAUGUAUGACCAAGAGAAAGAUUCAGAACAAGAGAAAGUAUAUACAUUGGAGGACUUUAAUGAUGAAGAAUACGAGGAAGGAAAUAAUGAGGAGGAAGAAUAUGAUGAGAGCAAAGGAACCAGAAUCCAAAUGAUGGGAAUGAUACCACCUGAAGCCCCUAUGAAACCCUUCCUGGAGGAUAUUAGGACAGAACCAUCACCUAAGGGACCAGUGAAAGUUCACAUUUUGGGAUUCGGGCGUCGGGGAAAAGGAGAAUUGCCACCAACUCAAAUUGCUCUCACUCCUAAGUAUUGGGUCGUUCCUGAAGAUGUUAUGAUUGGAUUAUCUACCAUUUAUUCUUAUGUAGAUCUCACUCUCCACAUCAACGUCCGAAAGCUGACAGUGGUGCGCCUGGCGUGCCAGACCUUCCGGUGGAGCUUUCCUGUUCAGACCAGACCAGGAGACAUUACAGUAGAGGAGUGGGUCAAGUCAGUGAAGGCAGCUCUGUGUGUGCUAAGAGUACCUGAAGAAGAUCAUGUGGACUUCAUAGAGGAGCACCUCAAGGGCCAGGCCAAGGCCACACUAACGGCAGCUAAUGGACUUGCUAUUCCUGUUGUGGGGUGCCUUGAAGCCGAUGUAGGGUACAUGGGUCGAACGAUCCCUGGGAAAUGCAUCUUUAUCCUAGAGGACAGCUUCAGAAAAAACUUUAAUGGAGAACAGAGAGUGGUGCAGGCAGUGAGGGUGGCCCUGGAAGAAAAUGGGGAUGAGCUUCUGGUGACAAAAGUGAAAAAAGGAACACAGGCUAUCACAUCGCAAGUGGCACCCAAUGGAGAACUACCCAUUCCAGUCCAAGUGGACCUCCAACAGUUAACCCCUACACAAGCCAGCCAUUUGUGGGCGCUACUGGAGAAACAUCAAGAGGUCUUUUCCAGGGAUGAGCGAGACUUUGGUUACACCACCACAGUGACCCACCAAAUAGCCACUGGAGAUGCUGUUCCGAUAAAACAGAGACACAGACGGAUUUCACCACGAGUGUUCCAGGAGGUAAAAAAAACCAUCCUGGACCUAGUGACUCAAGGUGUCCUUAAAGAAAGCCACAGCCCCUGGGCAUCACCCGCGGUGACUGUAAUAAAAAAAGAUGGCGGGGUGCGAUUUUGCUGUGACUACAGGAAACUGAAUGAGGUAACGCACAAGGAUGCUUACCCGCUACCCCGGGUGGAAGAGUCACUGGAUGCAUUAGGAAGUGCAAGAGUGUUUUCAACCCUCGAUUUAACUUCUGGUUAUUUCCAGGUUGCAGUGGAAGAACAAGACCAGGAAAAGACAGCAGUGAUGACUCCAUUUGGGCUGUUUGAAUGGACACAUAUGCCAUUUGGCUUGUGUAAUGCACCUGCUACAUUCCAGAGACUAAUGGAGCGGGUGUUGGUAGACUAUAUCCGAGACACUUUGCUGAUAUACCUAGACGAUGUUAUUGUGUUUUCCAAGGAUUUCGAGAGUCAUAUGGAAAAACUGGACUUGGUUUUCACACGAUUGAAGGAACACGGAUUGAAACUGAAGCCAAGCAAGUGCUGCCUCCUACGUGAAAAAGUCAAAUUCUUAGGCCAUGUGAUUUCAAAGGAUGGAAUCCAGGUAGAUGAGGAGAAGACCAGGGCGCUGGAAAAUUGGCCAGUCCCCAGGAAUGCCAAGCAAGUGUGGCAGGCUCUCGGUUUCAUGAGCUAUUAUAGACGAUUUGUUCCAAAGUUUGUGCACAUUGCUGCAUCCCUUUAUGGACUAGUGGGACAACCGGCCCAAAAGAAGGGAAAGGACCAAUGCUUUGUGUGGGAUGAUGCCUGUCAGACAGCUUUUGACGAAUUAAGACAUCGGCUGAUGUCACCACCUUUCCUUGUAGAUCCCGACUUUAGUCUGCCAUUUAUAGUGACAACUAAUGGAAGCCUGCACAGCCUAGGUGCAGUGCUCAGCCAGAAGCAAGAGGGGGCCGAGCGUGUGAUCGCAUAUGCGAGCCGAGGAGGUCAGAAAGAAAUAAGAACUACAGUGUUUUUAAACUAG